UCGCCUCUCCGCUCUUCGAGCUACCAGCCACUAAAACUGGCUGAGCAUUGCAUCUUUUACCGCUUUGUUCUCUUUCUAAUUAGUCCCCGUGUGAAGAUCCUACCAUUUCCAUUCAAGGAUUACCCCUCUAUCAAAUUGUAUCACUUCGUCAGUGCUUUAUCCUAGUGAACUGCGGCCUUCACCAACCUCCCUUUGGACCAGCCCUGAAUGUCCUAAACCAUUCCCGUAAUUCACCAUGUUGACGGUUGAGAAGUCAUGGGUCAAUGUGCAGCAGAAAACCUUUACAAAAUGGCUCAAUGAUAAAUUGAAGGUCCGAAGUCUCUUCAUUGAAGAUUUAGUAUCUGACCUCUCCAACGGUGUUAUCCUCAUCCACCUUCUCGAAAUUCUCGGCGGCGAGAACCUCGGUAAAUAUGCCCUGAAUCCCAAACUACGUGUGCAAAGGUUCGAAAAUGUCAACAAGAGUCUCGACUUUAUCAAGGGGAGGGGAAUUCAGAUGACAAACAUUGGAGCAGAGGAUGUCGUCGAUGGCAACAGGAAGAUCAUAUUAGGGUUGAUAUGGACUCUCAUUCUGAGAUUCACCAUCAGCGAUAUCAACGAGGAAGGUAUGACCGCAAAGGAGGGUCUGUUGCUGUGGUGCCAAAGGAAAACAGCUUGUUAUGAGGAAGUGGAGGUCCGUGACUUUUCCUCUAGCUGGAACGACGGCCUGGCGUUCUGUGCCCUUUUGGAUAUCCAUCGUCCGGACUUGAUUGACUUCGACGCACUUGAUAAAAAGGACCACCGUGGAAACAUGAAACUGGCGUUUGAUAUCGCCGCCAACGAAAUAGGUAUCCCCGACCUGCUUGACGUGGACGACGUUUGCGAUGUACCGAGACCUGAUGAGCGAUCCCUGAUGACUUACAUCGCGUAUUGGUUCCAUGCCUUCUCGCAGCUGGAAAGAGUCGAGAAUGCCGGUAGGAGAGUGGAGAAGUUCAUCAACAACAUGCAUGGAGCUUGGGAAAUGCAGAACUCAUACGAAAGAAGAAUGAAGGAACUUCUGCGCCUCAUCAGAGCCCAACGCGAGCAAUGGAAGAACGCUUCUUUCCAGGGAACAUACAAGGAUGCCAAGGACCAGGCGUAUAAGUUCUCUUUGUACAAGAGGAAGCAGAAACGGCAAUGGGUUGCUGAAAAAUCAGACCUUGCGGCUCUUUUAGGCAACAUAAAGACAAAGCUCAGCACCUACCGUCUUCGUCCCUAUGACCCGCCUGAGGAGCUGCGACUUGAAGUUUGCGAUCAAGAGUGGGAGUAUCUUACACGUGACGAGCAUGAACGUAGUCAGCUCAUUAACGAGACGAUUCGUGAUAUCAAGAAUGCCCUGCGACGUUCCUUCGCGGAUAAAGCAAAUGAUUUCGCACUAACUCUGAAGACCCUAUCUCUUGCAAUAUCCGGUCUUGAUGGCGAUGUAGAAGACCAGUUAGCCCAUGUUAAGAGACUCAAUGAUAACCUGCCUCCUCUUGAUGCGUUCUUAGAUACUAUUGCGGGUAUAGACGAGCAGUGCAUGGAAGCGAACAUUGAAGAGAACGACUACACAACCUAUACACUAGAUGAGCUCUCUUACGAGUUGAGCCUGGUCAAGUCAAGCAUCUCCAAGAAACUAGCCUUCCUUGACAAUCAGCUUGUGGCCCGAAACAUGACAAAUCUGACCCCGAUUCAGUUGGAGGAGUUCGAAUCAGUAUUCAGACAUUUCGAUCGCGACUCCUCGAACACCCUUCACGAGCUAGAGUUCUCUGCGGCCCUUGCCAGUCUUGGACUUGUAUAUGACGAGGAUGAGAUGCACGAUGUGUAUGUGACGACAUGUGGCCCAGCUAGACUAGCACAGAAUGCCGGUGUUAGCUUCGAGCAGUUCAUUCGCUUUAUGGUCAGUGUGACCGAGGAUCAAAACACCGCCGAACAGGUGUUGCAGAGUUUCCGCGAGGUUGCAGAUGGCAAGCCAUAUGUCACCGAACUUGAUCUCCGGCACUCACUUAUUCCCGAUGAAGUGAUUGACCAUCUCGUUCAGACCAUGCCCAGGCAUGAGGUGUUUGAUCGCGGUGAAGACAAUAAUGACCCCAAGUAUGACUACUAUAGCUUCAUGGAAAAGAUGAUGGAGAGUGGCAAUGGUGAACAUAGUGAUGCUGCUUCCAAUGGGGAGGCUUGAUGAGGUUUCGUAUCGCACCGCAGGCGUUUAGUCUUUUCUUUCCCAUUCUCUCUAAUUGUUUUGCUAUUGGAAGCUGCUGCUGGUGUUCUCUGGAGCUAUAGGGAGGGCUAUGUCUUGAUCGGCGACCACAUGGAACACGCAUACCGGACUAUGACGAGACUUUUCUUAGUGUUCUUGCAUCGCGUCCUUGAUUAUUUUCUUUACUCCUUCACGAUGACUGCCGGGAAUUGCUUACAUGUACACCACAUUGGCCAGGAGCAUAAGUAGUU